GUGACUACGGCCGCCUUGGCCUGCGGUACCAGAUAUAUCUAGAGCCCGGGGUGUACGAGGUCCCUGUGAUCGUGUCGGACUCGGGGAACCCUCCGAUGUCCAACCGGUCCGUCAUCAAGGUGAAGGUGUGUCCCUGCGAUGAGCACGGAGACUGCACCACCCUCGGAGCUGUGGCCGCCGCCGGCCUGGGGACGGGAGCCAUCAUCUCCAUCCUCAUCUGCAUCAUCAUCCUGCUCAAGUGCAUUUCAGGGUUCAGUCUGCGAUACAGCAACAUGAACAGUAGUUUGUAUAAUGGAUUAAUGCCUCCACUGCUGCACUCUUCUCCAGCAUCUCCUGACAAGCAGGACUACGACCUGAGCCAGCUGCAGCAGCCUGACUCCUUGGAGCACAUCAUCAGCAAGCCGCCGGGCGUCCGCAGGGUGGACGAGCGUCCCAUCAUCCCCGAGUCCCAGUACCCAAUCAGACCUGUCGUGCCCCACCCUGGAGACAUCGGGGACUUCAUCCACGAGGGUCUGCGAGCGGCGGACAACGACCCCACCGCCCCCCCCUACGACUCCCUGCUGGUGUUUGACUACGAGGGCAGCGGCUCCACCGCCGGCUCCGUGAGCACCCUCAACUCCUCCAGCACGGGGGACCAGGACUAUGACUACCUAAACGACUGGGGCCCUCGCUUCAAGAAGCUGGCCGACAUGUACGGAGGAGGCGACGAUGAUUAAAUAGUCACAUAUCAAACACACACACACACACACCCUCGUCCCGUCAGCUGGCCUGCCAUGCUCUGUCUCUACAACACAUGGAGCUCUAACACCCUUACUGAACACAAGUUAACAAUGACAUGUUCCCACCGACCAACCAACCAAUCCAGAUCCCCCCCCCCCCCACAGUGAGGAAACAG